CUCCCUCUUUCUCUCUGAAGGUGGGGGCAUUGAGCGGUAGAGCUAUUAGCUCCGCGCUGCAGACAUCAUUGCGAGUGGAGGGGAGACGAUUCCAACGUCAGCGCAGGAACAGGGAGCCCUGGCAACAAGGAGAGACACACUCCUACAAGACCAUUACACCGUACAGGAAUGGUGAGGGCACCUGCAGCGAGCCAGACGCGGACAGACAGAGUGGGAAACUGGGAGCAGGGUCCCCUCAGACCAGAGACUGAGAGAAAAACAGACUGCAGCAGUUACAGCACUUCUUACUGGUCCCCUGUCUUCAACUGAACCACCUCCUGGUUUCACCCAACAGGACUGCUGGAUCAGGACCCGUUCCAAAUCCACUUCCUACACUCAGGUGGUGCCCGGGGGCCCUGAUUGACAGAGCAGGGACUGGCGGAGCUCUGCUGAAUGAGGUUCCCACUGCCGUCCAGGAGGCUGGCUCUCGGAGGGAAAUGAUUCCGCAUGAAGCUGACAGACGGAUCUCUUCCUCUCUCCACGACAACGCCCGGUGUGACUCUCGCUGCUCCCACGGCAACGGCAGGUGUGCUCUUCCCUGCUCCCCGCUGAGCCGGACGUCCAACAGGCGCUGAGCUACGGGACAGACUCUCCUCUACCUCCUCCGACAGCCCUCCCCGGUCUCCCCGUGGCCCGGAGCCAGACUCCAGAUUACCAGUACCUGAAGGCUGUCAACUAGGAAAACCAGGCCAGACCAGCAGAGUGAGAGAGACAGGGAGAAAGUGAGACAGACAGCCAAAGACAGGAGUGACAGUGAUCGAGGCCCAGACGCGAACAAGGGAGAUAGGAAGAGAACAGUAGGUGGAGUGGACAGCCGGGUUUGUUUAUGCAACAGGAAGUAGGGAGAGAAAACGCCACAGCAUGAAGUCCAACCAGGAGCGAAGCAAUGAGUGUCUGCCGCCCAAGAAGAGAGAUUUCCCCGCAAGCACUGCCGAUGACAGGCCCCUGGUGAUGGCGCCCACCAGCGAGAGCCAGCGCGGGGAAAAUCUGGCGUGGCUUGCCAGCGUAGCCAGCGGUCACAACAGCGCGCACGAUCGAGACUUCGGCGGGGAUGGCAUUAGAGGUGGGCAGCGUGCCGGCACGCCCAGCGAGUCCGACGGGCCCCAGUACAAACCGCUCUGCCCCGCCGUCACCACACACACGGACUUCCUGGUCCCUUCCUCCAUCUGCUCCAUAUCCUCCUCGUCCUCCUCCUCAUCACAUCAGUCGAAAGUGGUGACAACGUCCCUCCCCACUAUCUACCCCUCCUCCCUCCAGUACACCCAGCUGCCCCCCGGCCUCCAGGUGUUCAGCUCCCCGUACGCGGGCCCCUACACUGGCUACAUCACCUCCCAGCUCCUCCCUCCGCCCACCUCCGCUUCCCAGCGCUCCCAUGCUGACUCCACCUACCCCAACACCACCAUCAUCUCCCAGUGCUCCAAGCCGGACCCUUCGGUGGGUCCAGGUCGCCCCCCGCCCCAGUCCCAACCCCUGCCCCCGGUCCUGGCUGCGAGUGACUCUGGCCCCCACUACGUCCCGAUCUCCAGUUCUCCCCUGGGCGCGGCCCCCCGGACUGCCUCCUCGCCCCACGGAGGGACCCACCACCUGCACCACGACUCCCACCAUACCCUGGCCUUCAGCGGGAGCUCUCCGUUGCUGGUUCAGUAUUCGGGCCCCGAGGGGCCCCUGGCGAAGAGAGAGGAGGGCAGGUCCAGAGAUCUGCACAACGGGGAGCUGGAAAAGAGGGGGCGCUAUGAGAGGAAGGAAAGCCAAGUCACCCCCUCCACUUCCUCCACCGCCUCUUCCUCCCAGCACCACCAGCUCCACCAGCAGCAGAGCUCCCAGCAUCACUAUGAGGCCUACACCUCCCAUGAUGCCUCAGGGUUACGGACCUCUCUCAUGCUGGUGCCCAACAGCCACGGGGGACCGGACCACCACAGCCCUGACAAACUGCCCGCCUCCUCCGCCGCCUCCUCGCACCCAGAGAAGGGCGGCCUCCAGCUGGGUAAACCUAUGUCCCGCACCCCCUCCUCCACCCCCUCGACGUUCACCUUUCCCCCGCCGCUCAGUGUGGAGAGCCUGAAGGCGGCCGUGAGCUCCCUGUCCCCCCACACCCACACGGUCAUCCAGACCACGCACAGUGCCAGCGACGCAUCGCCCCUCUCCCUGGGCCAACUCUCCACCAGUUUCUACCAGGCCGGCCCGGGUGGACAGCCCAUCAUCGGCUACCUGGCUGGGGCCGCCGGGGGGCAGCAGUAUCACGCCGCUCUGCCCCAGCAUCUGCUCAUCCCAGGGGGGUCUCAACCCAUCAUUAUCCCUGUCAGCGGGGCCGGGGUCACCAGUCUGGAGGCCGCCCACUUCGCCGCCACCAGCCAGCCGCAGCCCCUCCCCUCCACGCUACCCCACGCGUACGCCGCCACAGCCAACACCAACCCCAAGGGGGAGCAUCUGUUCGAGGUCCCGGCACCGUACCCUCCUCUGUCCCACCCGGUCGGGCCUGGGGCGGGGGUGCUCCAGGGCCAGCUACACCUCCCAGUGGUGCCCUCUCCGCCCGCCCCCUCCUCCGCCCCUUCCUCGGCCGCCCCGGGCCCCUCGCUGCCCCCCUACUUCAUCAAGGGCUCCAUCAUCCAGCUGGCGAACGGUGAGCUGAAGCGUGUGGAGGACCUGAAGACAGAGGACUUCAUCCAGAGCGCUGAGAUCAGCAGCGAGCUCAAGAUAGACUCUUCUACCGUGGAACGCAUUGACGGCAACCACGCGUCCAACUUUGCCAUCGUGCAGUUCUCUGUGGGCGAGCACCGAGCUCAGGUGAGUGUGGAGGUGCUUGUGGAGUAUCCCUUCUUCGUGUUUGGCCAGGGCUGGUCCUCCUGCUCCCCGGACCGAACCACUCAGCUGUUGGAACUGCCCUGUACCAAGCUCUGUGUGGGGGACGUCUGUAUCUCCCUCACCCUGAAGAACCUGAGAAAUGGCUCCCUGAACAAGGCCCAGCAGACACACAACCAGGCCAUGGAAAUCACCACCAGCUGCAACAUGGGCUCCAUCCACGGGCCCCUGAAACCCUCCAGGGCUUCCCGGGUUGGAGGAGGGUCUGCUAGGCACGGGGAGCAAGAAAACGGGGUGGGCCAGAGAGGAUCGAGGAGCGGAGGUGUGGUUGGGGUGGGUGGAGGUGUUCAGAUUGCCUCUGAGAAUGGGGAACUGAGGUUUGGCGUUGGGGGGGGGGCCAGCUUGAAAGGAGGGCAGCGUGGAAAUUGGGAAUCCAGCAGUGGUACCGCCAGGCCAGUGAGCCGCAAGAGGAGGUGGUCGGCCCCCGAGGGGCGCAAGGUAGAGAAGAGCGAGGAGGAGCCCCCAUUGACCCUGCCCAGACCAUCCUUUAUCACUCAGGAGGUUAAAAUCAGCAUCGAAGGCAGGUCCAAUAUAGGCAAGUAGAAAAGGCUGGAGACAGAAUUGACUGUUAAUUGAUAUUGGAAUUGAUUGGAGAGAUGAAGAAUUUUAUGGAAACAAGAAAAAAAUGCCCUCAUGAAAUGUUUAUUUUAACUAUUUGUUUUUGAUUUUUGUUUUUGUUUUAAUGUCUGUCUGGAUUACCUGUACUUACAUGUUAUCACUUUACUUUAAGUCCAAUUUAGUAAUAACAUUGUAAUAGUUAUUUUUGGUAUUAGAUAACAAGUAAUCAGUGCAAUUGCUUUAGGUUUGUUCCACAAAUCUCUGGGCGAGGGGUUUUGUGAAGUAUAAUGAAUGUUUUAUUGGUUGGUGUGUGGCAUACAAGUGCGCUGCUUCAUACCUCUCUGGUCAAUUGAUGGCCGCAGGUGGACAAUUAAAUUAAUUAUAAAUGUAGUUCGUUUUCCCAUAGUGCUUAGGGUGUGACUAAGAUGCUGUAUCGUAGACCAGUGAAUGAUGUUACUUAAUUUGUGAUGUCACUUCCUGGUUCAGGGCACUACUAACUAAAGGGUUCAGGAGAUCUUGACGGAAACACUAUCCAUGCCUUAUGCUGCCAUCGUUACAGACCGAGUUGAUAUGAUGUCAUCCAUUCCGAUCGACUCAAGACUGUGCAAAAAAUGACUGUCAGAAAUUUUAAACCUCAUAAAUAGAAUAGUGUUUUUUGUAUUUCCUUUAUUUGUCUCAGACGUAAGAAUUGAACUACACAUCUAAUCCUAAAAAAGGGGCACAGGAUGCCUCGGCACUCAUACGUCUAGACCACUUAUCUGGGUGAUGUCAUCCUGCAGGGCCAGAACAGCCAGGUGAGGUCAUCAGGCCGCGCCAGUGUGCCACCAGAGAGAGGGAACUUGCCUCCUUUCUUGUGUUUGGGUAACAGUGAAGUCUUUUUUUUUCUUGAAAAGGAAAGGUUUUUAAGUUUUGUUCUCAAUAUUUCCCCUCUCACCUUUGAAACCCCUCUUUCCACCCAGUGAGUGGAUUAUGAUGUAUUUGUUUGGAUGAUUGUCUAAAACUUGGAGAUCAGGGCUCACUUACUGUAGGGUGGGUGGAGUUUCAACCAUGGUUGUUAAGUUAUAUGUCUCAUUUUAAUACUUUCGACCCUAACAAUGCUUAUGUUUGCAGUCAUACUGGGGUGACUACAUGUUUAGAGGAAGAUGAUGAUGAACAGGUUUAUGACCGGGAUUCUAACAGAGUGAGAGGUAGACAGAACCAAACCAUGUUUCAAAAGGCACACAAUUCCCUAGACAGUCCACAACUUGUCUUGGAACGGUAUUUUUAAGUAGAGGGGCAGUCCCAACAGAUACUGACCAGUGUUGGAAAGAUGGUGAAGGGGGUCAGUGGCCGGUGGGCUGAAUUCCAAUUCUUGGCGACUCAAACUUGUGUCCUCUAGGCCACCUUGAUGCACUACUUUUGACCAACCCUCUAUCCCUAUGGAUAUCCUAUCCCUAUGGGCCCGGGUCAAAGGUUACUCAUAAUGUAGGGACUAGGACACUGCUAGAGAGUCAGAUUGAAGUCUUUAGAGAGUACAGGCGCAGGAUGUUGUCUCAAAGUGUCAGAUUGGAGUCUUUAGCGAGUGCAGGGACAGGAUAUUGUCUCAAAGAGUCAGAUUGGAGUGUUUAGCGAGUGCAGGGACAGGAUAUUGUCUCAAAGAGUCAGAUUGGAGUGUUUAGCGAAUGCAGGGACGGGAUGUUGUAUUGAAGCACUUGCUUUUGUACACCUGUCACACUCACCAGCUGAUAAGAAAAAUAUUAAUAUUAUUAUAUCUUCAUUAAAGGAGAAUAUUACAUUGCUCCUAAUCCUGAAAGUGUUUUAUGUGCCAAGAGAAAACGUAACCCAUUGUUCUGUGUUCAUUUAACAGCCAAUACAAACUUAAACCACCUCUAGCAAAAUCAAUCAACACAAUCACUAAUAACCUAUUAGCCACGAUUUAAAGAUCUCUAUGAUAUGUGACAUAUAAUUGCUUACAGUAAAAUACAUUUCCUUCUAAAUGAUUGCAGUUUAUGUUAGCAGAUUGGCUAUUUAACAUAAGCAGAUAAAUUGCUGAUUGCCAACUCAGCCUUAAUGUAGACUACUGAUUGGUCAGGUCAUGAGGUUAUCAGCAUUUAAAAAAAAAUCUGUUUGAUGUUGUUGUGGUUGUUAAAGUUUUUUUUUCUCUACUUUGAAAGCGAGAUUUUGAAUGGGGCAGUUACAUUUAGUGACAACAAACCAAAUUUGGGAUGAAAUUAAGGAGAAUUUGUUAUAACUUACAUAGAUUUUGUAGCUAGUAGAGCAUGAACGUUAGAUAAAGUCUGUAAUGGUUGUUUAAAGACAAUGUAUCAAUGGAUUCCAGGUUCUCUAAGCCCAUACACUACUUUCAGUGGGAGUAGCCAACUAACAUCAAGUUGGAAAAUAGUGAAAAUCUCCUUUAACACAGUACUGUAUGUUUUUAUUAUUUAGACUUGAGGAGUAAGUAGAACUCUGCGGCAACAGCACUUUUGAACGGUGAAAGGGUCAUGAUUCAUGAUGUCAGAGUCACGAUGAUGUCACGGGGUCAUGCUGAUGUCUUGAGGGUUAUAAUGAUGUGGUUACACAACCUUUGAAAAUGGAUGAAUGUGACAGGUGAUGGAGAAAGUGCCUGGUAGGAGAGGGAAAGAGAAAGAAAGGACAAUAGAGGAUGAUAUCACAGCUUUGUUAAGGCACUUUCUCAAAACAUGCUCUUCAAAAUAUGGGUGUGGUCAAAAAAAAAUAAUUUUUUUGUCACAACUGACUUUUAAAGGUUAAAAGUUAUUCAAAAGACGAUUUAGAGAAUGGGAUAACGCAGGAUGAGGGGAUGAGCAAUGUGGGAAUGUCCAGUAAUGUUGUGGAUGAGACCGAAAGCAAGUUCUAGACACCCAGACCACAUCCUUUUUGAAGGGUGUCAUAUAUACAUAAUGUAUGUUUGUAAUAUACAAAUGUAUGCAAGUGCGCAUGAAUGUGUAAGUACAUACACACCCACACAAGCACACUGCCGUACACACACAGGCAGGCACUUUCUAAAGGCCAGGAUUGUAAGUAUUUCCUACUUGUUGAUAUAAGUUUUACAUAUACGAACACGUUUGUUGCAUAGAUAUUCCCCCUUGAUGAUAAAUGACAUGAGAAGCCAAGAUAUCCAACCACCACACACAGACGAUGGUGGUUCUCAGUGCGCUGUACUGUGUGUGUGUGUGUGUGUGUGUGUAUGUAUGUGUGUGUAUGGGGGAUGGGUUUGUAUAUGUGUAUAAAAAUAUCAUAUAAUUUACAUAUGAUAUAUCCUAUGUUAAAUGUCCACUUUUUUUUCUGUUUUUGGAGUUCUACUUAAGAAAAUCUUGCACUUUGCACAUCUGGAGAGGUAGUCAGUUGGGGACAUUACUGUGUGACCAUGUUUUUUAUGGCAACCUGUAAAAUGUUUGUGCACUGGCCAAAAGAGUGCACUAUAUAGGGAAUAGGAUGCCAUUUCUGACAUAUGUUUUCAGCCGGGUUGUUCACACACACACACACACACAUACACACAUUCAAACAUGCGCUCAAAUACAUAGACACCCACGUGCACACACAGUGAGCUGAAACCCCAUUUUACUGAAAUGUAGCAGUUUCUUAACAAGUGUGCUACCUGCUGAUUGGCCCAUGACGAACUCGGCUUUGCUCCUCUUUGGAUCGUCGCACUGCCACUCACACCAUUGGCAAGUCCCGCUCACAUGUUGGGGGUUUGGUUGAGACGCAUUGUGGAGGCGUGUUAGUCAGUUUUGGCGCUGGGCCACCAGCAGGUACACCUGUUGAGAUCUCGGAUUGACUUUUUUUUUAGGUGUGUUUUGGGGCGGAAGAAGGUGUGUCAGAAUAGGAGACGUUUGUAGAUGUGGCUUUUAACCCCUGAUCCCGGUUCAGAUGUCUACUUCAUCUGCCUAAUGGUUAGUCUUCAGAGUUGGUGUAUGGUAAUCUGACUGUAGAUCUGUGGUUAAGAGCAACUUCUACCUCCAGCUGGGCGGAGAAGCUGCCGCGUGGUGAUGAAUGGAUGUGUUACUCGGAUGGAUGAAUGCAUUUAGACGGAUGGAUGCUAGUGGUGGAUGAGGGAGUAUACACCCCUUAUACGGUUUGAAAAUGCUUUAUUUUUUUAUAAUAAAACAGGGUUUCUCAGAUCAAAACCACAGCAGUGCAUUUUCCUUUUUUGUUUUAUGACACUGUAUGAUUUUGUCUACUAGAGGUAGUUUGUGUGUGUGUCUGUGUGUUUAUGUGUUUUUGUGACAUUCUGUGUGUGUCUUUUGUUUAGGUUUUUUAUUCAUACACAUUGAACCAAAACGAGGCCCUGAUUAAUUAUUGUUCUGACUGACUUGCCCCUCCUAAACUGUCACCAUGGGAAAAUACAGCAAAACACCUAAAGCAAAUCACACACAGCACUCAUCAACCAAACCCUUUCAGGUAAUGUUUUUAUGGUGCAAAUGCAAAGCACCAAGGCAGUUGUGUGUGGGCUGCUUUCUUAUAGCAAUAGUUAUAGCUACAACAAGCAUCUACCAUCAAGCCAGCCUUUGUAUAGUUGUAUUUGAGAGAGAGAGAGAGAGAGAGAGAGAGAGAAUGUUGAGGCAACAGCAGUACUAUUUGGAGGACUGGAGAGUAGCUGGAGGUUGGCUCCACUAUUGGUGUUAUGUUAGAACCCAUUAGAGCUGUCCUCCUCUCACACCUCUCUCUGAUGGCCAGCCAGCGAUAGGAAAGGGGGAGCUGUGUCUCUGGAGACCAAACUAAUAAAAAGCAUUUCCCCCCAUUGCCCUCACUGGCUGGCAAUAACAUGUAAAUCAUUCCUUCUAGAAGCUCUCUGCAAUAAAAAAAAACGUUUCCCUCAAUGUUAGAACCAAAAUAAAGAGACGCUCCCACAUAAACACGUAUAGACUCACUCAGUCCCUUCAAAGAACUCAGCCAGCCUUUAGCAAACCAGUCUAGUCAUUUCAGCGCAUUUAAUUCCAAUUAAGUUUUUAAAGUUGCACGGCCUGCCAUUGAAUAAAUUCAGGGAGAUUAUCAUAUAUGCAGUGACAGACAGUACGUAUGGACUACAAUACGCAAAAUGCUACACCUGCUAGCGACCUCUAACCUCUGACCCGUAGUUCAGGUACUCGUAACAUAACCAUAGCCAGCCAGCCUCUCUUAUACCCUCUCUAGAACCUCAGCAGCCAGUUAGUUUACCUUAGUAAAUGCUAGCUAGCUACCUUCUAGGUGGACUGUUCGUUUACCCUCUGCAACUGCUAGCUAGCUACCUUCUAGAUCUGUUGGUUUACACUUGGGAUACACUAGCUAGCUACCUUCAAGACGGGCUGUUAGUUAGUUUAUCCUCAGCAACUGUUAGCUAGCUACCUUCUAGACAGCCUGUUAGUUUGCCCUCACCAACUGCUAGCUAGCUACCUACCUUCUAGAUGGCCAGGCCUUAUAUGUGCAGCUGUCUUUUAUUUUCUCCAGCACCAUUUCCUUCCGCUCUCACACAGACACACUAUUUUCUUUUUGAGAUUUAUUAAGUAACAGCAUUCAUCUUCCAGUGGAACAGCUUGUGUGAGAGUGAGGUGAACCCAGAGACUCAGCGAAGUCGGACCUGUUGGAUACAUGCACACACAGGAACCCAAAGCCACCCUGUCUGCUGAGGUCAUCUUCACAGUCAGUGUGCCAGGUUAACUGGAGUGGUCAGCAACCCAGUGGUCAGCAUAGGAAGACGGUAGAGGACCGGGGUAAUUAAUUCAGCAGAUUUCACAUAAUAUAAAAUACCUUAUGAAACAAAUGGUUCAAACCCUAGAUGUUGAUUGGCUAAAAGUUGUGGUAUAUCAGGCUAUGCCAUGGGUGUGAUAUAAAACACUUUUUAAUGUUCUUAUUACAUUGGUAAACAGAUUAUAUUAGCUUUAAGGCACCUAAGCUUUUAUUGUAUAAGGCCAAUAAAGCUUGACUGAGGCCCAUGGUGCAUGGUUCUUAGGCCCAAUGCAACCCCGAAUGUGGAGAUGCCUCGUUGUUUAAAUAUUAUGAACAGUUAUAAGGGUGUUGGAGAAGUUAUAUUGGAGUUGAAAGGUUGUGCGUGGUUAAAAUAAAGUAGUGAGCAGAUUAAGUGAAGAGCAGAGCUUCGUGGAAAAUUCACUCUGUAAACCUGCUGUUUGUGAUAUUUGCUUUCUAGUUCAGGAAAAACCAGGUAGUCCCAGUUGUUGUCUAUGCGGAUCAUUAUUCCUGUUGCUCUUUGAAUCCAACUGUAUGUGCAAUAGUUGUCUUUGUGUAUAGAUUGUCUCUCCCAUUAUUGUGCCAAGUCUUUGUAGCAUUUUCCAUGUCCGACGUGUUAGCCAUGUGCUGUACGUGUCUUUGUGCUAUGUACUGUACACCUUUUUUGUACCCCUAAAAUGUCCCAAGUUUUAUUCACCUCAGACUGUUAGGGCUCGGUAGAGUGCAGUGCAUUGUGGGAGAGUGAAUGAGAAAGGCGACUGAGUGAGUGCACAUAUUGCCUGGGUGUCGAGUGUAAUCUUGGCAGCACUCACAGGCCCACCGGUAUGACCUUGGCAAAUGGAAUGCAUUGUCGGUGAACCAGCGUCGCGGUCAGACCAGAACGAAGCUGGAGACUGAGUACUCUACAUUCUGUAGUCCAGGAAAAAAACCACCUCAAUCAUAGAGUGAUGCAAGAAAGAGAAGAACACAUGAAAGAGAGCGGGGAGGAAGGCGUUGCUACUGGCGUGGUGGGGCGUACCGUACUCGUGUUUGGAGUCACGCUUAUCGUAAGGCUUGUUGCAUUGUGGGAAUAGGAGUGGAUGGGCAAAACGGGCAGCUGGCAUGAUCGCUGUACAAUUAAGUCAGUCCUGGUAUGUAAAUGUGACGAUGGGCAUAGGGUAGUUGUAGGCCACUCUCUUAAGCCUGGGGCUACACGCUGCCAGGUGAAUUUAUGCUGUUUCCAAGUCACAGCUGAAAAUGAAAGCACUUUCCUGUUUGAAUAGGAGGACCUGGGUGCUCGGUGCUCCUGGCUUCAACACAGUGUGGUUGGUUGCUCUGUAUUGUGUCGGUGGUCACGUGAGCAUGUUGUCACGUCUGUUUAACAAAGGCUAGUAUACAUCCAGGUAUAUGGAAAUGUUUGUGGAUACUUUUUCUUGUUUAAACUUGAGAUGAGGUUGUCCCUGCCAGCAUUUUUUUUUAUGAUGUUUUGUUUUUUAUGUGUACUAGCGUGCGCGCGCGCUUGUGUGUGUGUGUGUGUGUGUGUGUGCGUGCGUGUGUGUGUGGUGUUUUCUCCUAUCAGCUCUAAGAUAACUAACCCCUUAUAAGUUACAGAGAGAAAAGACAGAGUUAUUAUAACCUCAUAUAUCAGUGGGGACCACUUUUGUAAAACCUACCAAUAAAGAUGCACAUUUAAAGUAGUUGACUUAACAGUGUAGACUUGAUACUGCUUCAGCACUUUGUAAACCUUGAAGAAAGGUCUGGUCUAAAGGUCUGGCCUAAAGCUCUGGCCUUAAGGUCUUGUCUAAAGGUCUGGCCUUAAGGUCUUGUCUAAAGGUCUGGCCUUAAGGUCUUGUCUAAAGGUCUGCCCUUAAGGUCUUGUCUAAAGGUCUGGUCUAAAGGUCUGAUAUAAAGAUCUUCCCUAAAGGUCUGGCCUAAAGGUCUGUUUUAAACCCUCAUCUCAGACCAAGGCCUUUCUGAGAGGUAGAACCUUUGUUUGUACAGACAGAGAAUAUAAGAGAAAUAAAAACAGAGGACAGAGAGAGAGACUGCUCAAAUCAAAUUUUUUGCACAUGGCCUGUUUGUAAAAAGUAGUGUUUCCACUCUUCACUCUAUUUCAUCUAGUGUCCAACACGUUCUUGGGUCCAACGAGUUGAGAUACUAGGCGGUUUCCUGGUUCCACGUUUCUAAACAGGAAGUAACUUUUUCAUCGACGCACCCGAUUUUGCUGUUCAGUUUGAUCCUAGAGUAUAAAAGACCUUACAUUUCUUUAUAAAAUUUUAUUUUUCUUGUGUUGGUCUCCUUUGUAGCACUUGACUCUGUGAGGAGACGUUAUUGGACGUCUGUUUAGGGAAUGUGUCAUGUGACUUUGUGACAAGCCUCCUCAUUGGGGGAGAACACACAGCUGACGUUGUCUGUUUUUACUGGCUUAUUUACGUCUUGCACAUAUUGACAAAUAAAAUGAAUGUUGGUGUGAGUUUCAGCGAAUCGAAAAGAAAAGGCACGCGUUGUUGUUUUUCUUGUUUCUUGUUUUAUUUUUGUGUCAUUUUUUAUGGAAAAAAGAAGGUUCUGUCACAUUUUUGUGUUUAAACUGAACAGAAUUCAAUCAGGAUUCCUUUGUUCAAACUUGACUGUUGUUUGACGUCUUGUCAAUAAAUGUCCAUACAUCUGGAUAUCCAACUCAGGCAGAGAAAACACACCCACUAACUCCAUAGUUAAGUUUCACCCAAUGUAAUGUUGGUGGGCUGUUCAAUAUGGGUUAUUACUAUUAUUAGUUAUUAUAUUUAUAUAAUAAAUAUCUAAAUAUAUUGUAUUAUAUUGAUUAUUUAUUAUUAUUAUUAUUAUUAAACUGUUAAAUGCUGGAGAUGGCUAUGUCCUCUCAGUUUGGUGGCUGAGUUAGGUGUCACGAGUUGUUGUGUUCCUGCAGUGAAGCGGUGUCAUCUUGCAACAAUUUAUCCUGCUUCAUGCUAUAAUGAAGAGCGGACAGACAGAUAGACCCUCACUCAGAGAUACGUCCGUUCUGUGCUCUCUGACCUUUGACCCCUACACACUGAUGCCCAGGGAGGGGUCGUCUGUCAGCUCGGGUCAGUAAAGGUUGUCUGUCUACUGUUCGGAACACACAGCCUUGUGGGUAAAGACAUGUCUGGGAGUGGGUCUCUGUUGAGCUUUGGUUUGGCUGCUGGUAAAACUGGACACGAGCUUGACAUCUGCAGACAGUGGCAUUGUCUUCUGCCAGUCACAGAGAACUGAGAACCACCUAACACAAGGACUGGCAAGUCAGGCAAGGACAGACCUGGACAUGAUGAGAGCCAGAGCAAAUCAACCAACAACUAAUUCAUGUUGUAUAGACGCUUGUAGUUGAUCACCACCAACCCCAGUGUCAGUCACUGUCUUAUAUAGCAAUCCAAACUGUCAGUGUAUGUAUUUGAGAUCUAUAUGAACGCACCUCUUAAGAAAAGAAACCUUGAGAUAUCAUCAAGAAAUUGAUAAAUAUAAAUGUCCAAUGUUUUUUUUUUUUUAUGUUGCCAAUGAAUGCUCUAUAGGAUAUUGUACAUCUGUAAUAUAAUAUUUCACACAAAACUACAUCCACACUCCCCAACCCAACAGAGAAUGUUUCAUAAAAGAGGGGGUGAACAGAAAAACAAAGAGGUUGUACAGUACAUUUGACCAAGCAGACAAGACUUUCUGGAAGGGGUCCAUGCAGCCUCACCAGCCCCACGUCGUCUCUGUUUGUAUGGCUGAGUUGCUAGGCCUAGUGUUGGCCUAGUCACGUGACACCACACUACUCCCUGCUUACAGUACUCCCUUGUUGGACAGUGUGAUUUCUUAGCUGGUGUUGAGGAGGAAAGACAAUGACCGGUGUUACAUUACACUCGUUGCGCACACAUUUACAACUUCCUGGUUCUUGUAGCUGUUCUUUAAUUAUUAUUAAUUUUAUUUCAUUGAUUGAAUCCAAACAGUUAGACAGAUAUGUAUUGUGAGAGGUUAUGGGAAGAAGCCAAGGAGGUCAUUCCAAUGAAAGGAGUGGUCUGUUCUAUGUAAAAUGUUGCACGGAAGCCGGGCCUGAAUUGGUCCCAUGUCCAUGCUAGCACACUGUCUAGAGUGCAUUCACACUAGUGCAUUUUAGAGUACCAGUGUGAAUAUUGGACAAAGCAGUAUAGCCAGGACAUAGUGUACAGGUGGAGCUGGUAUUGUCCUUAUGAGAUUAAGUUGUCUAUUUGGAGAGGACAUGGAUUGUUUUACACUUGAUCUUGGGCGCAAAAAAGACAUUGUUACUCCGGAUUGGUCACAGUGUGAUAGUAAAGAAUGGGUGUAUGUAUGUUAGCUAUAUGGCCAUAUUGGAUAUAGGGAGAGUCACCCAUGAAUAUGAGGGGUUUAAGUUUGCACUGAAAGUGUAACUUUGACAAGUAGAAACUUCUAAUGGUGAAAAUCCUAAUGGUGUUACAUUUAAAUCAAGGAUCUUGAGGGUAUUGUACAUUUCUGUGAGAUGUUGCAGGCACAUUGUGAGAAAGUGUCUUACGCCAAUCUAGUUUUUCCAUGUCUAUGAUCUGUGUCAAGUGAAGAUCUUGGGAGAGGGACAGUGUUUUGCACCUUACUCAGUUGGAAAUGGAUGAAAGCAUAACAUGUUCAUACAGGCUUUAGAUAGAUAGGAGCUGUUAUCUGGGAAAAGAUCAAACCUUUAUUAUUUUAUCUCCAUUUGUGUGCAUACUCUGUAAUUUGUGUAAAAUAUUGUACUUGCACUAGCUUUUUAUAUGUAAAAACAACAAAAAAUAAUCAAAAAAAGUUACAAUUGAAAUUCUAUUUUCAAAUUUUGGUUUGUCUAUUUGUAGGAUACACCCAAGUCUCAAGUUUCUUGGAUUUUAUGGUUCUUUUCUUUGAUGGUGCUUGCAGGUUUUCUAGUUAGAAUUUAUUUAAUUAUUUUAACAAAUAAUAAAACAAUAUUUGAUCCAGAUUGAGAACAAAUAUGUUUUCUGAAAAAAGAAAAUUGUCUGUAUACCAGUACAACUUUGUUUCAUUAUACACAUAUUAAUAAAAUAACAGUGCCAAUUGCAAGUACAGGCCUUUUGAUUACAAUCAGCAUAUAAUGUGUUUGCUAGCAAAAAUGAUCCUCUGCAGCACUCAUUUUCUAGGUGCGUUCUUCAGUGACUAUGUGAGGAAUGUACAAUAGACAAGACAUCUGUUGCUUGUUUGGUCUACAGAGGUUAUGUGGAAAUAACCUUCCUCUGCCAGCAAAUGUGAAAUUAUGCAUUAUGUUGUAUGUCCGGGAAAAACUAUUAUCUAGAUGUUUCUCAUCAAAGAGGACCUUUCGAUUUUCACAUUAAAACUGUGUGACAUUGGUUGACUCAUUGUAAUUCUACUAAACACACAAACACAUCUAUGUGUAGAUGCUCUUGUGAGAUCUAGGCACAUUGUGUACUAAACAGUAAAUUGUCAAUGAGU